UACGCCGCAUAUCCCCCCGCGACCUCGAGUAAUCACCAUCGUAUUCGAUUGCCAAACUCUCGAUCUAUACUACCACCGCUUACCACUUGGCGACCGGGACAACCAGCACACGACACCAUGGCCCAGGGCGAAGCAUCAGAGAGAGUGCGCGAGGCGCAGAAGGUGGUCUCGACCGAUCCUCGCCAGGCCGAGCAGAUUUACAAGGAUAUCAUCUCCAAGCCGCCAUCAGUCACCUCUGACGCGGCCAUCCGGGAAUAUGAGACGGCUUUGAUUCACUUGGGAGAGCUCUAUCGCGACGAGAAGAACACACAAGGCCUUGUAGACCUCGUAACCCAGAGCCGCACAGUUCUCUCCUCGUUCGCAAAGGCAAAGACGGCAAAGCUUGUCCGCCAGCUCCUCGACCUCUUCGAAGCCAUCCCCGACUCUCUCGACAUCCAGAUUUCCGUCACCAAGUCGUGUAUAGAAUGGGCCACAUCAGAGCGCCGCUCCUUCCUCCGCCAGAACCUCGAAACCCGUCUUGUCGCCUUGUACAUGGCCAAGCAGUCCUACUACGAUGCCCUGACGCUCAUCAACGGUCUCCUCCGUGAGCUCAAGCGCAUGGACGACAAGCUCGUCCUCGUCGAAGUCCAGCUGCUCGAGUCGCGGGUAUACCACGCCCUCGGCAACAUUGCCAAGGCCCGCGCCGCCCUCACCAGCGCGCGCACGAGCGCCGCCUCCGUCUACACCCCUCCUCUGCUCCAGGCCAACCUGGACAUGCAGUCGGGCAUGCUGCAUGCCGAGGACAAGGACUUCAACACGGCCUUCAGCUACUUCAUCGAGGCGCUGGACGGCUACCACACGCAGGAGGAGCCACAGCGGGCCCAGGCCGCGCUGCAGUACAUGCUGCUCUGCAAGAUCAUGCUCAACCUCGCCGAUGACGUCAACCAGCUCAUGACCUCCAAGCAGGCCGUCAAGUACGCCGGCAAGUCGCUCGAGGCCAUGAAGGCCAUCGCCCGCGCCCACAGCAACCGAUCUCUCGAGGAGUACGAGCGCGCCCUGGCGGCUUACCGGUAUGAGCUGGGCAGUGACACCUUCAUCCGCAACCACCUGCGACGCCUGUACGAUGCCAUGCUGGAGCAGAACUUGAUCAAGGUCAUUGAACCCUUCAGCCGCGUGGAAAUUGACCACAUCGCCAAGAUGGUCGGCUUGGACACCCAGCAGGUGGAAAGGAAGCUGUCGCAGAUGAUCCUGGACAAGGUGAUCAUUGGAGUGCUAGACCAGGGCGCCGGCUGCCUCAUCAUUUACGAUGAGACGCACCGGGAUGAGGCGUACGAUGCGGCGCUGAAGACCAUUGAGAAGCUUAGCAAUGUGGUUGAUGUACUUUAUACCAACCAGGCCUCGCAGCUUGAGUAAAAAGCGAGGUUCAAGGCAGAAGCAGGGUUUAAAUGGAUGGAUGGAUGGAUGGUUUAAGGGUUUACAGCAUGGGGUUCGUCUGUAACAUUACGCUUAGAUAUGGUAUUAGUCGGGCGUACUGAACUAAACACGAUAAACCGCAUGAUCAUAAGUCUAAGUUUUG